UCUAAUUGUUCAUUAAGAAUUGUAAUCCAAAAUUAUUAUCAUGGGCAAAUAUUCCUCGUCUAAUGAAGCUAUCACACUAGUUUUAGUUGGACGUACCGGUAAUGGCAAGAGUGCAACAGGAAAUAGUAUUCUCGGAAGGAAGGCCUUUGUCUCAAAGACAAGAUCCUCUGGUGUAACAAGUGUUUGUGAAUUGCAGAGAACUAAUAUGAAAGAUGGACCAAUUGUUAAUGUUAUUGACACCCCAGGACUAUUUGCUGGAACUGAUUCUGCGGGGAAGGAAAUAGUGAAAUGUAUUGAUAUGGCUAAGGAUGGAAUUCAUGCUAUUAUUUUGGUGUAUUCUGUUAGAACUCGCUUUUCUGAAGAGGAACAAGCUACUUUUCUUACCUUACAAGCAUUGUUUGGACACAAAAUUGUUGACUACAUGAUUGUGAUCUUCACUGGAGGGGAUGAACUUGAAUAUAAUGAAGAGACACUUGAUGACUAUUUAGGUCGCGAGUGUCCACAGCCUCUUAAGGAUAUUUUGAUUCUAUGCGGAAAUCGGAAGGUUCUUUUCGAUAAUAGAACUCAAGAUAAAACAAAAAAAUUAGGUCAAGUUCAACAACUUCUUAAUCUUGUGAGCAUGGUUAUAUCAGAUAACUCUGGACGACCAUUUACAAAUGAAUUAUUUAUAGAACUCAAGGAUAAAGCAACAAUGAGAGAUAACCAACAAAAAGUGAUAGAGUCCCUAAAAGGAUAUUCAAAAGAAGAAAUAUCAGAGAUAAAAAGGCAAAUGCAACAAAAAUAUGAUGAGGAGCUCAAUCGAAUUACUAAUAUG